AUGGACUUGCCACCCGGGGUCGUGCAAGGCGAAGUAGUCGGAGCUCCACACAUUGAGAUGGCUCCGGAGCAGCAGGACAUGACGGGCAUGGGCAUGUUGCAGUCUCUCCUAGAGCCCCACAGCGGGCUGAUCGUGAAGCAGACGAUGCGAGGAUGCAUCCAGGAGUGUUUGGGAUGCGACGCCAAAUCUGAGUACAAGAUCGCGCCGCUAGACCCUGGUGAGAUUCGAGGUGAUUCUGCAUCCGAUCAUGCUCUAGAGGUUCCGGAGACCAUGUAUGCCAUCGAGGAGUCCAACUGCUGCUGCCGAGUCUUGAACCCGGCCGGGCGUGGUUUCGAGAUGAACGUCUCCCGAGGAGGUCCCGGAGGACCACCCGUGGCGAAGUUUAACAAGCCCCUGACAUUCCCGGCGAUCUGCUUGACCAUCCAAAGCAAGUAUGGGAACUACGACUGCCCAUGCUGUUGCUGCCUCCCGAUGAUGACGUCCCAUCUUCCAGAUGGAUCUUCGCUUCAGUCUGAGUCUCGGUACUACUGCGACGUUUGCCUCUACGUUCCCAAGUUCAAAUACAAGGAGGAAGACCAAGAAGUGUACAUCGUGCAUCCAGAGACCUGCUGCGGUGGUGCUUGCAUCGCUUGCGACCCCUGCACCGGAAAGGGACUUUGGUACAUCCCCUAUUACUUCCACCACCCUGAGACCGGCGAGGUGGUCGGUGGAGAAUACGGCGAUCCCUACACCCGCAGGUACUUAUGCGACGGAGUAGGCUAUGAAGGCGUCGCUGAUAUGGUUCAUGCUCACCUUGCUCGCGAUUGGGUCUCGGUGCCUAGAGCCGUGGCCCAGGAAGACAAUGACUUCGAGGAGCUAAGCAAGGUUCCAUCAGGAACAGGUCCAGAGCAAGUUGUCAAUCUGGCCCACCGCGCAUGCGGUGUUCAUCCAGCCGGGGGCGUUGUUGUGUUCAUUACUUUCUUGAUUUGGUUUGGCCUCCUGCUUGCCAUCGCAACCUGCCCCAGCACAGGGAACAUCGAAUGUGCUUGCCUCUUCACGCUACAGGAGCUGAUCAAAGCUUCGGAGCGCACCUGCUUCGACCACCUCCCGCGGUUUCUGUGCUGCCACGAGCCACCCAGCAUUGGAUGCUUCCGCGACGACAAGCAUCGAGACAUGUGCUGCAGCGAGGCUCCGUUCUCCUCUGAGACGCUCACCCAGGACUACCUGCUCGUCCUGGUUACAGGCUUUCAGGAGGUGCUGCAGCGCAGCUGCCCCUUUGCUGCGGCACUGACCCAGCUUCUACCGUACACUAUGGAAAACCUUGACCUGAAGAUCCAAGUCCUGGUACAUGAGAUGACCCCGAUUGCCCGGGCGAUGAGCCACGCAGGCGCCGAAUGGAGCAAUCUGCUUGCGAGUGAAUGGCCCGUCUUUGGGAUCCUGAACCGUGUUCGGGAGAUGCGUCUCAAGUCGCCCACAGCCGACCCGUACUAUGCCAGCCUGGCCAAAGAUGCUGCGCUCUCGCCAGUGAUG